AUGCCUAAGUAUGCUAAGUUUCUUAAGGAUGUUCUCUCCAAGAAGAAGAGAUUUGGUGAAUUUGAAACACUAGCCCUGACUGAAGAUUGCAAACACUUCAAUGGAAAAGCCCUAUGCGAUUUGGGAGCAAGUGUUAACUUGAUGCCUCUAGCUGUAUUUAAUCGAUUGAAUUUGGGUGAAGCUAGGCCAACAACUGUUACAUUGCUUUUUGCUGACAGAAGUAUCUCAUAUCCAAAAGGGAUUAUAGAAGAUGUCUUGGUGAAGGUAGAUAAAUUCAUAUUCCCAGCCGAUUUCAUUGUGUUAGACUGUGAGGUAGAUUGGAAUAUCCCCAUUAUUUUGGGACGGCCAUUCUUAGCAACCGCAAGAACCCUUAUUGACAUAGAAAAGGGUGAGAUCACCAUGCGAAUAAAUGAUGAGAAGGUGAUAUUCAACAUGAAUCAAGCCUUGAAGUUUCCAGAUGAUUCUGCUCACUGUAAUUGUAUCGAUGUGAUUGACACUACAGUGCAAGAGGAGUUGAUUAACUCUUUGACCAAAGACCCAUUAGAAGCAUUGUUGAUUGGAGAAACAAGUAGUAUUGAUGGCAAGGUUGAAGCUUAUGCAGAAAUGAUGAGUAUUGAAGCAUUUCCGUAUCGAAAAGCUAAGACUUUUAAGCCUCUGGAUGUGACUAGUGCUUUAAGCUCUCCUCUAAAGCCUUCUGUGGAUGAACCGCCGGUGUUGGAGUUGAAGACUUUACCAUCACAUCUCAAGUAUGCCUACUUGGGUAAUUACUACUUUACCUGUGAUCGUUUCUUCUAA